CCAAAUAUGAAGCUGUGUCACCUAUUGCUGAGGUCAGGCGUUCUACGACUUGUUCCUUAAUUUUCACGCUGAAGGAGAGGCCAGCAGUGAUUGAGGAGACCGAAGACAAGACCUUCCAUGGUAAAAUUAAAGAAGGUGCAGAACAUUGUUUUGUCUCUUUUCCGGGCAAAUUCGUAUCGGCCUGGGACGCUCUCAUCCAUGAGGAGGCAGUGCAUGCUGAAAGCAUAGCAUGCGUUUUCCUGUGCACACCGGAAGAUGGUCUUGGCGUUCAUGAGCCUGAUCCUCUUAGACCAAAAUUUUGUUACUGCAAAACUAUUUAUGGGGAACGCAACUACGAAGACUUUGGUUAUUUCAAGAUUCUUCCAAAAGGAUUCACACCAGAUCAAGAAGAAAAGGCCAGGAAGAAAACUGCGUUUACAAACACUGUGGUGGUUCGCGAAGGUGCCAGUCAGGAGGAGAAAGAUGCAGCCAUGGAGAAGGCUAGGCAGGCAUGGGAGAAGAAAGGCAGGAUUGCCGCGUGGGGCUGUAGGUGGUUUCACGUCUGGAAGGAAAAAGUUGAGGAAGCAGUCAGACAGAAACAAACUCUGAAGGUGUUUUUUUUCCCUGGCCAAGUGGGCCAGGGCAAAGUUGCAUGGAAAGACCUCGCCACAGUACCAGACCUUUGGGACGGCAUUGGCUGCGGCGGUUCCCAGAAGUGCGAAGUGGCCUAUUUAGACAUGAUGCAGAAGAAAUGUGGACAGGAUUGGAGUUAUGAUGGUGUUGACGUGGUCAACUUCUUGAAGAAAGAAUUUACAGAGGGCAAAGUCGUCAAUGCAUUUGAUGGCAAGCAGUGGUGCAGAGGAGAGCUACUGGCUCGGCCGACCCUGGUAUCAAGAUCUAAGCCGUCUCCAGAAGAUCCAAACAAAAAGGAGCAGGUUCUCCAGUGCAGAGUUCAAUCCCAUGGAAAAGUCUUUACCACAGAAAGGGUGCGCCAUGGAGAUGCUAUCCAAAAACUCCUUCAUUCAGUUGGCAAAGACCAGUUUUUGGAAAUCGUGAAACAGAUCCUCCCAGAUGACGUGAAGAUUGUGGACCAUGAAGACUCCACUCUUCCCAAUGGCACAGAUUGUCUGCAAGCUGAAAUUCAGGUGGAAACCGUUGAAGCAAUGCAAGAGCUCCGCAACGCAAUUCUGAAUCACAAUUUCGAGAUUAGCCUGAACCAGGAACUGCUUGCAAGGCAACACGGGAGAUUGCAGCUUUGCGUUAACAAGACACACUUUUGCGAAAGCUACGAGCAGCAGCUCUUGAGCAUAUCAAAGCUGACGCGGCAUCAAGCUGAGAAAUACAAGGAAAUUAAAGAAACCGGAAAAUUGUCAACAGCUGUACAUUUAUCGUCUGUUGCUGGAGCAGGGAAAACGUUCCUAGCUGUUGAACUCAUGAUCGAUACCGUGAAGCAAAACUCGUCAGGACAGGUGCUUUUUGUCGCACCAUCUGCAUCAUUGUCUUUGCAUUUCCUCCGUUGGCUGGGACGGAGGGCAGCGCGGGAAAAGUUCGACUUUAAAGGUUUGCUCGACAGAGUUCUUGUCAUGAUUCCUCCAUACAAAUGCUUGAUGAAGUGCUGUAUCAAAGAUGAUAAUUCCAUGGAUUUGAUGAAGUGCUGUAUCAAAGCAAAACAGUCAUUGCUUCUACAAGUUAUUGAUGAAGCUCAAGAUGUAUUCUUCAACAAUGUGCAUCAUGAUUUUCUUCACAGUAUCAGCAGUGGCUGCAAGAGGCAGUUGCUGUUAUCCAGCCAAUGCCAGUGCUCAUCAGUCCCUCAAGAACUAUUCCCUGACAUACCAACAAUCCGCUUGACAGAAGUGAUUCGCAGUACCCAACGGAUAGUGGCAGGGGCAGCGGUUUUUCACUCAGCUGCCAGGGUGAAAGAAGACUUGACAUCAGUGUGCCCUGGCGGACCACCAGUGAAAACAUUGAUUUUCAAUCGACCUGCAGAUAUUGACAGCGUUGACCGCCGCGUGCCGUACGAUGUCUAUGUUCAAAAGACUGUGGCUGGCAUAUGGCACGUGGUCCGUUCAUAUGCAGGCCUGAGCUUGCACAAUAGGCUGGGCCUUUUGGUCCCCGAUGAUGGUUUCCUACAACAGUUCAAGCAACUCCUCGAUUUGGCUCUGAAGGAGCAUUUUCCAGUGAGAGACUUUGAACUGGUUACGUAUGAAAAAUCCCUGUCUAUUUUACCCCCGGAUCUUCAGGCAGGGCUGGCUGUUGAUGACAAAGGUGGACAAAGUGAAAUGAAUGAAAUGAGUGAAAUGAUCAUUUUGGACCACAUGGAAAACAGCAAAGGCUUAGAGAAUCUAAUUGUCAUGUGCAUCGGUUUGGAUGCCCCCAUUGGAACACAAUCAGAAACAGCGGCCACAAGAGCCCGACUGUAUCGAGGAAUCACUAGAGCUCAAGUCCAGGCCAUCGUUAUCAACGAACACAUCUCGGGUGGAUGGCUUGAAUUCCUGGGUUUUCUCAAAUACGAACCUGCGAAGUUUGAAGAAUCCAAAGCAUUGGAAGAAACAAAAGCAGAGGCAGCUGCUCAAGUCAUUUCAGCCCGACCUGAACGCAAUCCAGAAAAGGAUGCUAUUUUGACCGACACGUUGCGCAGUCACGCUUCAGAAAGCAAGAACCAAGAGAAGAAGACCUCUGCGGUGAAUGUCACCACGACCCUGGUUUGGGACACCGAUGACAAUGACCUGAAUACCGAUACCACAGGAGCCAUCCAGAAGCUGAUGUUCGAUCCUCGCGAAGAUCCAGAACAAGUAGUCGCAGCCGACGAAGCCGCGGCUGCGAAAUACGACGACAUCGCCCGCGCGGCGCUCAACGGCGACCUCCCGGCCGUCCGGGGCCACCUGCGCCGCGACCGCGGCAGCAUCGACCGAGUCUUCGGUAUCGAGGCAGCGCUGUACUCCGCAGCACGGUACGACCGCCCGGCGAUUGUGGCGUUUCUCGUGGCGAAGGGCGCCGCCGUGGACGUCCUGAGCGUCACCCGUCGGACUCCGCUGCAUGGGGCAGCACACUGGGGCCACGUGGAGUGCGCCAAGCUGCUGCUGGCAGCAAAGGCGUCAGUGGACAUUAAGGACAAAGACGGCGACACGCCCUUGGACGAUGCGAGAAAGCAGGGACACACAGAAAUCGUGAACCUGCUGAAGGGAAAAGCAUGAAAUAUAAGGUUAGUGCCUGGACUUUGAGUAGGCCGGUUCCUUUAGCUCUGAAACACAUGAGGUAUGUUCAAUGCUUGGAGGAGACCUUCACCCGACAUAUGUUAAAAAAUCACCGGGAAACGUCUCUUUCUCGAACAAAAAAUUCCAGCGGC